AUGGAGAACUUUAUAUGUGAUAUGGAAACGUCGUCAUUUUACCUCUUCUUCCUACUCGUGGCUUCAGUGAAUUCAGUUGGUCCUUCCCAGUUGGAGGACACUUCCUUCCCAGGUACCGUGACAUGCAGUGAAAAUGGACUAACAGUUGAGUUUUCCAGAAGUCUUGACCUCAAGAAAUGGCAUGCAUCUGUGGUGGAUCCCUUUGGUGUUGAAGUGCUGAACUGCACUUAUGUUCUGGACUCAGAAAAGCUCACGCUGAAGGCCCCAUAUGAAACAUGUUCCAGCAGAGUGCCUGGGGGGCACCAGCUGAACAUCAGGGUCCAGGAGGACAGUGUAGCUACAGGAUCCAAGGAUGCCAUACACCCGCUUUUCUGCCCAGCUAUGCAAGUAGAAAUGCACGAGCUUUCAGAAUCCACAGUCUGUAUGAAGGACUUCAUUUCUUUUUCCUUUCCACAAGUUAUUCGUGGCAUGGCCGAUGAAACGGAGACAAACAACUCUGAUAGAGGAUGGAUCAUUGAGGUUGGGGAUGCCUCAAGAGCACACAGUCUGACCUUGCAGGAGGCCCUCCGAGGAGGAUUCAAUCUCCUGAUUGACAGCCAAAAGAUGACCCUUCACGUGCCCCUCAAUGCCACUGGAGUGACUCGCUAUGUGCAAGGUAGCAGUCACCUCUACACGGCGCUCCUGAAGUUUUCCUUUGUGUCUCCCGGGCAGAAGAUCACCUUCUCAUCACAAGCUAUUUGCGCAGUGGAUUUGUCUGUGACAUGUAAUGCCACACACAUGACUCUCAGCAUACCCGACUUUCCUGGCAAGUUGACCUCUGUGAGCAUUGAAAACAGGGACAUCCCCAUGAGUCAGCUGCGUGACAGUGGGAUCAACAUGGAAGCUACAAAUGGCUUGACAUUACACUUCAGCAAGACUCUUCUCCAAACCAAAUUCUCUGAAAAGUGCCUACUCUAUCAGUUCUACUUAUCUUCCCUCAAGCUGACCUUUUACUUUCAACAAGACACAGUAUUCAUGGUGAUUGAUCCUGAGUGUCUCUGUGAGUCACCAAUUUCUGUAGGAGAGCUGUGCACUCACGAUGGGUUUAUGGACUUUGAGGUUGACAGCCAGCAAACAAAACCAGCUCUCCGUCUGGGUUCCCUCCGAGUGGGGAACUCCUCCUGCCGGCCUGUCCGCAUGGCUCAGUCAGAGGAGUUGAUACGGUUCCACAUACCCCUGAAUGGGUGUGGAACAAAGCAGAAGUUCGAAGAUGAUAAAGUUAUCUACGAAAAUGAAAUUCAUGCUCUCUGGAAAGAUCUUCCUCCGAGCAAAAUAGCCAGAGAUAGUGAAUUCAGAAUGACAGUGAGGUGCUAUUACCAUAUGGACAGCGUGCUACUAAAUGCCAACGUCGAAAGUCUGCCUCCUCCAGUGGCAUCUGUGAAGCCAGGUCUGCUCACGCUGAUUCUGCAAACCUACCCAGAUAACUCCUACCAGCAGCCUUACAGGUACAGUGAGUACCCUAUCGUGAGAUACCUCCGCCAGCCAAUUCACAUGGAAGUCAGAAUUCUAAACAAGACUGACCCCAACAUCAAACUGGUCCUGGAUGACUGCUGGGCAACCUCCACUACGGACCCCACUUCUCUCCCUCAGUGGCGCAUCCUCGUGGAUGGCUGUGAAUACAACCUGGACAACUACCAGACCACCUUCCACCCAGCUGGCUCCUCCACAGCCGAUCCUUAUCACUAUCAGAGGUUCGAAGUGAAGACCUUUGCCUUCUUAUGGGAGGAUCGGGUGCUCCCUACCCUGGUCUACUUCCACUGCAGUGCCUUGGUCUGCAAUCGGCUCUCCCCCGACUCCCCUCUGUGCUCUGUGACGUGCCCUCCCUCAUCUAGGAACAGGAGAGCUACAGGGGCCACUGAAGAGGACAAAAUGACAGUCAGCCUCCCGGGACCCAUUCUCCUGUUGUCAGACAACUCUGCAUUGAGAGAUGCUGUGGACACCCAGGGGCUCCGCGUGGCUGGAGAAGUUGCUUCCAAAGCAGCAGCUGCCGGGGCUGCCUUAGUGGGCUCAGUGGUGACUGUAGGACUUGCCUGGUACCUGCGUAAGAGAAGAACUGUGAUGCUAAGUCGCUGA